AUGUAAGGAUCUUGCAUAAGGAAGAAAAGCCCUUAAAACGGGAAAGGGGACCUUCCUGUUGCGGGCUCCAAGCUGACAGAGGGAAACAUUGAGCCCAUAAGUCAGGGACGAGAAGCUGCAACCCCGGGCUCAGGAAGUGACAACUGCCCUCUCCUACUGCUGACUGUCCACCCCACAAACCCUCCUCCCAAUCUCCCUCCUCCCUCCCUCCCUCCCCACCCUCAGACAGCUUCAGCUCAGCCCUGAGGAUGCCGCUUUCGCUCCUGCCUCUCCUGCUGCUUCUCCACCCGGUGCUCCCGCAGAGAACUGUAUUCACAGCCGUGACCGACACUGUUCUACCCCCCGACUACGACAACAACCCGGUCCAGUUGAAUUAUGGAGUGGCAGUCACUGAUGUGAACAACGACGGAGAGCUGGAGAUAGUGGUGGCCGGGUACAACGGUCCGAACCUGGUGUUAAAGUAUGACAGAACCACAAAGCGGCUGCAGAACAUCGCUGUUGAUGAACCCAGCUCCCCGUACUACUCACUGCGCGAUCGCCAAGGGAACGCUAUAGGGGUGGCGGCCUGUGACAUCGAUGGUGAUGGACGAGAAGAAAUAUACUUUCUCAACACUAAUAAUGCUUUUUCAGGCAUAAGCACCUACACCGAUAAACUCUUCAAGUUUCGGAAUGGACGGUGGGAAGACAUCCUGAGUGAUGAGAUCAACGUGCACAGAGAGGUUGCUAACCGAUUUGCCGGCCGCUCAGUUGCAUGUGUGGAUCGAAAGGGCUCCGGGAAAUACUCUGUCUACGUGGCCAACUAUGCCAGUGGCAGAAUUGGCCCUCAUGCUCUGAUAGAAAUGGACGAAUCCGCCAGCAAUCUGUCAGUGGGAAUCAUCGCACUCUCCAACGUGGCACAGGAGGCAGGAGUUGACAAGUUCACGGGUGGCCGUGGAGUAGCAGUCGGCCCCAUCGUCAGCUCCAGUAGCUCCGAUAUAUUCUGCGACAAUGAGAAUGGACCGAACUUCCUCUUUAAGAACAAUGGAGAUGGCACCUUCACUGAUAUAGCAGCCCAGGCUGGAAUCGAUGACCCUCAGCAACAUGGCCGUGGACUGGCUUUGGCAGAUUUUAAUCGGGAUGGGAAAGUGGACAUCGUCUACGGUAACUGGAUGGGACCACACCGCUUCUAUCUGCAGACCAGCGUGAAUGGAAGGGUCCGAUUUAGGGAUAUAGCGACCCAGCCGUUUGCGAUGCCCUCGCCAGUUAGGACAGUGAUUGUGGCGGAUUUUGACAAUGAUCAGGACCUUGAAGUAUUUUUCAAUAAUAUUGCAUACCGAGGGUCUUCAGCAAACCGCAUCUUCAGAGUCUCACCACGGGAUGGGGCAGACCCGUCGAUUGAAGAGGAAGACGCAGGAGAUGCUGCGGAACCCACAGGACAAGGAACAGGUGCUGUUGCUACAGAUUUCGACGGUGAUGGAAUGCUGGAUCUCAUCAUCUCUCAUGGAGAGUCCAGGGCUCAGCCACUGUCUGUGUUCAAAGUAACCCAGGGCACCGAUAACAAUUGGCUGAGGGUCAUUCCCCGGACCCGGUUUGGUGCGUUUGCCCGUGGGGCAAAGGUGGUGCUGUACACACGGAGAACUGGGCCGCACCUCCGUAUAAUCGAUGGAGGAUCUGGGUAUCUCUGUGAAAUGGAGCCAGUGGCACACUUUGGAUUGGGUAAGGACAUUGCGACUCACCUGGAGGUGACCUGGCCUGGUGGGACAUUCACAUCACGGGCUGUCCCCCCGAGUGAAAUGAACUCCACGAUGGAAAUCCCAUUCCCAAACCAGGACAGUCAAACCUUCAAUCUUGACAUUGAGUGUGGGGAAGGCUUCACAGCUGACAGGAGUGGUCGCUGUACAGAUGCUGAUGAGUGUGUGCAGUUCCCACCAGUGUGCCCCAGGGAUAGGCCCAUCUGUAUCAACACUUACGGAGGCUUCAAGUGUCGACCGAACAGGAGAUGCAAUCAUGGUUACGAACCCAAUGAAGAUGGAACAGCUUGUGUGGCUCAAGUCGCGUAUUUUGGGAGAGGAGGCUUUUCAUCAGCUUGUUCCUGCAGAACCAAGCAGCUGAGAUGUGAGCUGCAGUGUGGACCCGACACUGAGCUUGAUCUGUAACCCUGUUGGGACCAUCACCUUCAACUCUGUAUAAAACUGAACAAUGCAACUAGACUCUUCUGUUCUGUUACAUCAAUCCUACAUGUUCAGGCCUACUGCGGACCAACCCAAGCUAGAACAAUCCCAAACUGUCUGGACAACAUUUGUCAUUUAAAGAAGCAAGUUUGCGAUUUAAAAAAGGGAAGGAAAUGCCAUCACAAACCUGAGGAGAAAGAAAGACUAAACCCACUGCACGAUGGAUUGAAAUGGGUUGAGAUGAUUGAGUGACAGGUUGAACAAGUCUGCUUCUAGCUGACUAGAUUUUGCAGCAGUUGCUGCUUUGGUUCCUCGGCCUGUUGUGUUUUUGAGCUAACGUACAGACCAUUCCUGAUAGCUGUCUGCAACAGCAGGGGAAGGUCAGGGAGCAUGCUGGGUGGCCUUCUCCACAAGUUUAAGAUCUCAGUGUCUUGCCAUCAUAUGUUGCCAGUCCUGUUCCUACAGGGAAAGUGCAGGAGUGAAGUAGGGUGCUCCUUCCUUCAAAAAAAAAGGAAGGCAUUACCAUCUGAGGGCACCUUGUCCUUUUUGAGAUUGAAUCUCACAGGCUGUUCUCUGGCCAGGGGAAAGGGCAUGGGAGACAGUCACUUAACACAGCGUACAACUCAAGGGGUUAGUAUUGAGAAGGAUCCCACUGGUGAGGCAGGGGGCUCUCCUGUGGAUUAACACAGACUAUUAAGGGAAGCUUAGAGGUAAAUCAAUUAAAAAUCAAAGAUUCAAAUCUAGACAUACUAGCUUUGUAUAUUAUUCAAUGACCCUCAACUAGCCUUUACACCACAACGAUUAUGUUUCAUCACGACCAUGAUUAUGUUAUAGCCUCAACAUGCCAAGGUUGGUGUGUAUGGCUUGGCACAGAGGGGCAUCAAGUGCAGUGUUUGUCAGUUUGGACAGACUCACGUCAAGGUUUUCAUUGUCCCUGAUUCAAUCUGGUUCUAACCAUAUGUACAUGAUCCUGGAGCACUGCGGGUACAGCACAGCAGAGGGAAUUCUGUGUGCUGUAGAGGUACUCUUCAUGCUUCUGAAUGAUUUUAAAGACCACAUGAAAAGCACAGAAUUGAGACAGAAGGAGCCUAUUGGACUCAAUCAGGCCUUACUGUGAAUAUUACAACCUCCUGUGGAUAUUUCUAAUUGACCUGUUCGUAGCUAUCAUUGCACACGUCUGGAGCAGACGAGAUUUGAACCUGAUCCUUUCGGCCAGAGGAUGGGUACAAACACCACCACUACACGACAAGAGCCCUUGCUACACCCACAUUGUAUACUGUAGCCUGUGUGUACCAGAGAUGAAUUUAUUUUUGAAUUACUUAUUUUAUGUAUUAUUUUCUCUGGCAAAAUUGGGCACACUGUCAGUUGCAGAAAGGGGUUUCAUUCAACAUGUGAUGCUCUCCUAUAGAUAUUUUUAUAAACUUGAGCAUUCACCUUUAAAAUUGUAAGGAAAUCUUCCUUUCCGUUCGUCAGUGAAAAGAAAUGGCAUGUGGUCACUGCUAUAUGAUGUCACCGCAUUGUGUUUAUAUAUGACGUUUCUGUGUGGCUGCAUGAAUAUGAUGUCAUCAUGUCAGCGCUUCAAUAUGAUGUCAUCAUACUGCAGGGGAUCUCCUUGUUUGGCUGACCCAUCCCAAUAUGGCUCAGACACUGUAAAUAGUUUCCACCGGUUUAACACAGAUUUACUCCAAAUGCAUCGCCAACAGUUGGGAAUAGUGACUCCAACUCAUAUUAGACACAACCCUUGACUAAAUUGAGAACUGGCGGAGGAGGCUUCAAUCUGACUCAAGUCUCACCUUCUUCACCUCGGUGGUUUCUGAGCAGAGAAAUAUUUUAAGGUUUGGUGGCCUCUCCCUUCAGUUUUCUCCCUUCUGCUUGCUAAGGUCCCGGGUGUGGGGGCUGGACUGCCAUUGGCAACUCCCUCCCAGUGGCUAUUCUCCCAGUGAAUGGGUCUGGCCAAUGAGAGGUGAUGGUCGACCAGGGGGUGGGGAAGAGAAAUCAAACUUUGGGCUUGGAAUCCAGCCUGUCCCAAUAUUUCUGCAUGGACUUUGACCGAGGUGACCAGGAACAGGGAGGUGGUGGGGGGGGGGUCCCUGAUGGAUAGAUUGUACUUAGAUGAGUUCAGGAAAACUCCACUCAUCCCAGUCUACUAAACCAUCCCAGACCACCAUCCUCAAACCCGACACCUUCCUGGUUUGUGUGGAACAGGGAGCAGGACAGUCGCACAAUGGGUUGGUUUAUUGGAAAUGCAAAAAUUUUCAUUUCAUAGAAAUCCUGCAAUCACAGCUUCAUUGGCUGGGAAGCGCUCUGGGGCGUCCGGAGGGCACUAUAUGAAUCCAGGUUCUUUCUUGCUUAGUCCCAUUGUGGGGCACAGCUUUAAGCAGUAAUGUCUUGCUGUGUGUCUCUCUCAGGAUUUGACUGUGUGCUCUUGUACCAUGCCAGGCUGGCGAGAGGGGGCACUCUGGUUCCAGCUUGCCAAUGUGGUGCCAUCAUCUCUGGUGUACGUGUUACGAUUCAGUGAUUAUUGUAUUUGAUCUGCAGAGUGUCAUCUCAUGUCUAGUGAGAAGCUGCAGGUUUAGUCUGAUGCCUUGUAGUGGUACUCUGUGUUGGUUGGUGAUGGUCUACUCAUAAAUAUUGGUUUCAGUACCGUGGGUCUCUGUUUCUUUUCAAAUAAAUUUGUUGGUUUUCGGGAAAUGGGGAUGAUUACUGUCUGCGUUAUGGUGGCUGAGUGCUCCAAAGGUCAAGUCCGUGUCAACCACGUUUCGCAUGGGCCUUAGGGCCGUUCAAACCAACAGGUUUCCUUCACUGGAGAAACAUUCGAAAAUUGCUUGGAUUUUUAGAUAAUCAUGAAUGAAUCAGAGAUGUUGUCUUACAACCAUGGAGCAGGUGUGACCUGACCCUCAGCCAGAGAUACCGACACUACCACUGUGCCAUGGCCUCAUAUUUUGGGAUCUUUUCAUGUCAAUCCAACACGUUAGGAACGUCCAACCCAGGAGGAGAUCAUGUGGCCAGUCGCUAACCAUGCUGAAUCUUUUAAAGUAUUCCUGCAAGCCCAUAUCUCAGUAUUUCCUCUUUAUAAAUGUACAUAAAACCCUUCUUACACAGACCCAAGGUACUGUGGGAGGAAACCCACAUAGACACGGGGCGAAUGCGCAGACUCCACACAGUCGCCC